AUGUCGUUUCCCAACAUCUGGCAUCACCGCAAGGUGGCCGACACGGCUGCCAGAGGAUGCGACAUCUGCUUCAAACCCAGCUCCAGCGUCUUGGUCACUCCAGAAAAGCAGGACUACUUCUACGUUUGUCCGGCUCAUCUGAAAGACAAUAAAUUCUGCACAUCCAUCGUAGACGAGGUGGCUGUUGCUGCCAAGAAAAAGAAAGAGAUGGAAGAGGAGAUUGAGCGUGUGAAGCAGGAGUAUGAGGAGAAGCAACGCAAGAAGAAGCAGAAGGAGAAGGCAAAGGACAGUGAGAAGGAUAAAUCAAAAGAUGACGAGAAGGACAGAGACAAGGACCCCAAAACAGACGACGAGAAGAAGGAAGGGGAAGCGAAGUCGAAGGACAAGGUAAGCAAGCCCGAAGUGAAGACACCUCCCGUGGAAGACGAGCCACGUGUGUUUGCAUUGCAGAGAAACUUCUACCAGGCGCGACUCGACAAGAAGAGACAAGUAGAAAUGGCCAAAAGAAAUCGUGAGCGCUUGAGUGAUCCUAGCUACUUUCCUUCGGUACCCAAGGGUCCACCUGGAUCGUAG